CAAGAAGCUUAGAGAUGAAGAUGAUGACCAACUUUGACAAACUUAACAGAACUUUACAUCAUUUGAAAUACACAUCCACUCGAAUUUUUAAAAACUUUAAACACAAAAAGUUUAAAAGCUCUAUUAAUUACGAAGCAACUUGACAUUGUCUACAUUUUGAGUCUUAUAAGAGUCUUACUAGAUUUCUCUUUGACCGCGAUGUUCGCUACAGAAUCAUCCUAUCUGAAGCGCCUUGCAAGCUUCUGUACUCUUUCCCAGAAUGAUUUAAAGGUUUACCAGACCAGUCUUGCAAAAAAUGGCUUUUACUACAUCGGUCGCGACCUCAUUGAAUGCGAGGUUUGCAAGGCGAAAAUUCACAUUUGGAAGGACAGGUCGGAGAUUGAACGAGCGCACUCCGAGGGGUGUACCUUUGCAAAUGUGUCAAACACUGUGGAAAAUGCGCAGGCUUUACUAAACGGGACAAAAGACACACGGGGCUUCGUUGCUUCUACAAAUUAUACGGAAUUCUUCGCUGGCUGUUCGUUAAAUGAACGAUCGCAUUCAACAAAUACUGAGGAAGAUUCAAGAUCUCUUCGUGAUUAUGAAAUAAUUUCUACUAAGUCGAAUGGUUAUAAUUAUUCAACCAAUUCAAUAUAUAAACCUACGGCGACCUUAUCAGAGGAAUUUAUAGAUUUUCCUGAUUUAUUUAUAAAUGAAGUUUUUGAUAAAUAUCUUUCCAGUCAAACUAAUGUUAAUCGUAAUAUUGGCAGAGAAUGUGAUAAAAAUCCUGGCCACUUUGCUUAUUUUGGCUUGGAAACUUUAAGGAUGGAACAACUACCUUCCAAAUGUCGUGACUCGGAAACGCUGAGACUGCUUAGAUUGAUGGGCAACCUCACAGUCAUGUUAACAGUCUUAAAAACAAAUCAUUCUAGAGGACACGAAAAUUACACAUCGAAAAUUGGAACGGGAUUUGUCAUUGAACAUGGCUGCCAAGUUCAUCAAUCUGUACAGAAAGAUGACAAAUCUGGACUGAGGACUCUGAAAAAAUAUCUUCCCUUUUCAAGUAAGAAUCAAAUUGGUUAUAUAUACAUUCAAACCUCGAGACAUCUUAUAUUCAAUGAUGAAGAAGCUCAGAAAACCCAAGUGGAGUUCUCCUUUGGCCACGAAGAACGUCAAGAUGUCGUCACACUCAUAGGGAAGUAUUUACUGUGUAGUACAAUCCCUGGAGACAGUCAAUGCUUGUUAGUCUGCGAGUGUUCUGACUUAAGGUUUAUCCAAAGAAUCAAUCAACUCCAGGCAGAGUUCACUCAAGCUGCACAUCGUCUCCCACUGAAGGUCAAGAAAGGAAUGCUGAAAAGGAUGUUCAUGGUUCAUCACCCACAUGGAGGACCCAAAGUUUUGUCUUACGGAGAUUUUGUUCAAGUCAAAUACAACAUGGUGACGACUAAUGACAAAACGUCUUUGGUGAAAAUGACGUCUCAGGAACAAGAGGUACUAGAUAUCAGCCAGUGUAGGAAGGUGUUGCUCUAUGCUGCUGACACCUGUCCUGGCUCAAGUGGGGCGCCACUACUGACCUUCUCAACUACAACUGUGGACGGUAACAAUCCUGAAGAUAUUAAACCUGAGAUAUGGAUGCAUAAUGGAUUUGAAACAACACACAAACUGGGCGCUUCUGUUUUAAAAGGAUGUACAUCCGAAGAUUUCACUCGGCCAAGAGCCGACGGAAGAGAACAAGAGGAAGACAGUGAGGAUGAAAACACUCUCGGCAAGCAAAAGGUCAACUCCCCAGUCUACAAGGUCAUCAGUACGCCCUCUCACCCUGAAUAUAUUUUGUUCAGUGCUCGAGUAGACAGUUACAGUAACUGGACAUUCCAUGAGAUAUUCAGUCCGCAGAAACUUGCCUCGUGUGGAUUCUACUACACAGGUGAAGCUGAUUGCGUGCGCUGUUUCCAGUGUGGUCUGGGACUCAGGUCUUGGAAACCAGGGGAUGAUGUCCUUACACAGCACGAGAAAUACAGACCGACUUGCCCCUACUUAAAGUCAUCCCCUAAAGAGGAAGAAGCUAGCACUGAAGCGAGUGCUGAAACAAAUUUUGACAUCCAGGACGCAGAAAACAUGGAACUGAAGUUGUUGGAAUCAGAAAACACGAAACUGAAACAACAAUUGAUGUGUAAAGUUUGUUUCAAGUCAGAAAUCAAAGAUGUCUUUCUACCGUGUGGAGAACUGUACGCCUGUAGUGACUGCUCUAAAUUGUUGACACACUGUCCUUCCUGCAAGAAACAAAUCCUGGCUACAGUGACUGUCUAUUUGACUUAAUAACGGAGAAUGUCCGGUUACUGUCUAUUGAACGUAGCGCUGGUAGAGAAUGUGAAAAAUAUAUACCUAAAAACACGUGUUAGGGUAUAAACUGGAAAAAGUAUCAGAAAUCGUGACUAUUUUAUUCCAUUCCCCAGAUUUAGCGACAUUAAAAGCAUGAGGCUACAUAUCUCUGUUGAGAUCUGAUAUUUGUUGUUGUUGUUGUAACUACAGAACUCGUAGAAAUAAAAUAACGGCAACAUCUGCAUAGGUUGAAGCAGUGGCGUAGCUAGGGUAUUUGAUGCCCCGUGCGGCCCGCACCACCCGCACAUGGCUAGCUACGCCACUGGGUUGAACACUGUCGUCAGAAGAUUUUUAAAUAAUAUAUCCACACUAUGCUUAUUUAUCUGCCUAUAACUUAACUCCACGCAGUUCGAUGUUUCAUUGUGUUCCAAUGUGUAAAAUAUCAAAUCUGAACAUUUGUAGAUUAAACUAUUGGUGUAGGACUUACGUUAAAAGAAUCUAGAUUCUGUUUCACUCCGUACAAGAAGUAUAUAAAUCUCUAUCAGAUUUGUCAGAAACCUCGUUAGUAAAUGAAACAUGCUGUGAUUACUCCAUUAAAGCACGCGAAGAAAGACGGGCGUGUGUCUUAUGGUCGCCUUGUUCCUGUGCAAGGACAGGCCCGUUGACGCAUAUGGACCAGUUCUCUCCUUGUCCCAAUCGCCCUUCAUGCAAAACGGGGCAUCCGUAAAGAAUGAAGUUUAUUGUCUCACCGACUCCGAUGCAGUGGCGUCACUGUGUGUUAAAAUUGUGCCUAAAUUAUUCAUAAAUUUAUAUUUUUUUAUCCAUUUUAUUAUAUUAUAUAAGUCUGAAAGGGAUUCUUCACUUUACUUUUUGAAUAACUUAUAAUCAUCCACAAUUUGUAUAAAUAUAUCAAGUUUCUCGUAUAACAAAAACAGUAUUAUAUUAAUUUGCAUUUAGUAACGUCUUAAAUAAUAUACUCAAAUAUGGCUGUGAUUUUUAUUUUUUUUGUAAUUUAUUAGCUAUUAAAGUUGUUUUUCCUUUUGAGUUUGAAGUCAAUAAAAAACGCUAAAUGUAGUGAUAAAAAAAAAAGUGAA